CAACUGAUGUGCAGCAUCACCCAAACAUGUCCUUCAAAUUCGGUCUGAACCUGAAGAACAAGCCUGUUGACGCUCCCGGAAAGCCCGCGCCGGGCAAGCGGAAACCCCUUCUUGAUGACGAUGAAGAGGAGGACGUAAACAUCAAAACAACGGUUGCAGAUGGCGCAGAAGUAGUCGAGGAAUUGGACUUGAACAAUGACGGUGCCCAGAAAUCGAUACCCUCGAACUCUAAGCCUUCGUCCCGUCCGAAAGCACAACAAGUCGGCCCACCGAAACGUCCAGUUCAAGCGAGAAAGGACGACCCUUCCAAGCUGGUCAACGCAGCAACUCAACUAGAGGCGAAGAAGAGGGCCCAAGAGGCCGCAGAGCUCGAUCCCUCUAUAUACGAUUAUGAUGCAGCCUACGAUGCGAUCCAAGCAAGAGCUGCCGCUAAAAAAGCGGCUGAACAAGAAGCGGCGGCGCAAGGCCGCGCGAAAUAUAUUGAGAAUCUACUUGAGUCCGCCGAAUUGAGGAAGAAAGACAGACUGAGAGCGCGCGAUAAGGUCCUACAGAGGGAGCGAGAGGCUGAAGGUGACGAGUUUGCAGACAAGGCAAAGUUUGUCACAGCAGCAUACAAGGCGCAGCAGGAGGAGGCGCGUAAGGCGGAGGAGGAAGAGAAAAAGAGGCAAGAAAUUGAGGAAGAGAAGAGACGCAAAGAGGGUAUGGCCGGUUUUCACAGACGUAUGCUGCUUGAGGAGGAGAAGAGACAUCGGGAAGCACAAGCAGCCAUGGAGGAAGCUGCAGAGCUGACCAAGAAGGGUAUUCGCCCGACCGUGGUCGAGGCACCCAAGGAGAAAUCCGAAGUGGAAAUUGCGGAAGAACUGAAGGCGCAGGGGAAGAACGUUAUCAUCAACGAUGAAGGACAGGUUGCGGAUAAGAGACAAUUGCUGUCUGCGGGUUUGAAUGUCGUAGCAAAGCCUAAGAGCGCGGGCUUGUCCACUGGAGGAUCAUCGCGUCAAAGCAUAACACAGCCCGGUUUGCAGAGUCGGCACGCGGGUAGAGGAGCCCAGAGACAAAGACAGACCGCCAUGAUUGUGGAGCAGCUCGAGCAAGCAGCGAAGCGAAAGGCAGAUGAGGAGGCUGAAGAGCGGAGAAAGCUUGAGCAUGCAAGUAAGAGUCGGAAAACGGAAGGUGAAAUUCUUAGCGCGAAAGAGCGAUACCUGCAAAGAAAGAAGGAAAAAGAAGCAGCCAAAGCUGCCGCAGGGAAAUGAUGAAAGGCCCAUUCGGAAGCCGCAUCGCCGCCUACGGUGGCAUGUAACUGCUAUGUCCCACAAUCACUCGGCCAUACAGCAAGGCAUGGCCGACCUGGAUUUCUGUUCUAGGCAAGGCCUACCACUCUGCUUCGUGCAAUAGUCUCUGGCUGUCGGUCGCCACAAGGCAAACGGCAGUUCUAUAGAGUUGGUGUGGUU